AGGCCCUUUUUUCAAAAUUUUCUAAUCCUCUGGAAUGCAUGAUUUCUAUUUGUUUAAGGUUCCAUUGUCCUUGCAAAAACAAAUGUGGGUAGUUGAGAACUUGAGAUAAGAUUUUGGGUUUGCAUUACAGCUUGGAUUGAUGAUUGCUGUGACCUGUAACUUGGUGAAUCUCUAUCCCAGGCAUCCUUUGGAUCCGUGAUUUCUAUUUGUUAAGAUUUCGUUCUUCUGCUCCUUGCUAUGACGAAUGUGGAAAGAAAAUGGGUUCUUUCUUUUGCUACUUGGGUUGAUGAUUGCUGUGACCAGAAACUGGGUGAACUUCUGCUGCUUCUCCUCUCUUUAGGAUAUCUUUGAAGUUAAUGGUGGAGACGUAUUGAUUCGUUUGACUUUAACGGUUAUGGAUUUGGUGGAAAAUGAAGAUGUGUAAUGGAGACUCCGCUUUCUGUUUGUAAUUGAAAUUGUUCUUCACUGACUAGAAAUUUAGAUUUGUAGGUUAUAGAACCGAAUAGAGGAUGUCUGAUGGACAGCGGCAUUCUGUUGAUAUCCCUCUCUCUAAAGCUCUUGUAGCACUUAAAAGAGUUCGAUCACUGAGGGACCCAUCAACGAACUCUAUCAGCAAAUUGACUGCUUUUGUCGACAAUUUGAACUGGGAAGCCAAUUCUUGCCAUGGUCUGCUGAACAGUUGCCAUGUUGGUGGCCUGAAGAAUCAUAGUUUUCAUGAAUCCCAGAACUUCAGGUUAGAUGGAAGGAGAGUGGAUUUUGACAGUGAUCCUGAAUUGGGUUUCAGUUCAAGAAGAUCUAGCUGCAAGUCAGUUUUAUCAAAAAAAUCAACUAACGUGAGAAUGAGAAGCCCAGAAAUUGCAAGGCUCAGAAAUGUUGAUGAGCGGGAGCAUUCUAAAUCAAAAUGCGAUGUGAUCCAUGGGAACAAAUCAUCCAGUGAAAGACAUUUCAGUAAUCAUAGGGACAAAGCAUUAGAGUUGGCAUGUGUGCCAACUUCCAGUGACCAUAUAGGGCAUGUUGAUUCAUAUGGUGAACCGACCAUAGGAUCUGCAUGCUCAGAAAGGAUUGAUGCUACUGUAAAAAGGAAAUCUGGAUAUGGUGCAAGAACAAAAUCAUCUCUGGCAGAAGCCAACUUUGUGAGGAGUUGUGUAAGUAGUCCAAAUCCAUCCGUAAGCGAUGGCCGGAUGGAAGAUUCAAGCCGCAGCACCUCACUUUUUGCAAGUGAGGAGGUGGAUCACUAUCAUGAUGGAUGUGGGAUUCGCUGUUGCUGGUCAAGAACCCCCAGGUUGAGAGAGUCAAAACUUUCUUCUGAUUUCGAGGAUUAUCCAUUGUUAUUGAGGGAAGAUGAGGAGAUUAAUCUAUCUGGACAGGGACAGAGCUGCACAUACCGUAAGAGAAAACUUGCUCAUUAUUCAGGCAGUCCUAGUAACUUCUGCCAGAAAUUCAGGCCCAUAUCUUUCAAUGAUUUGGUUGGACAGCAUGCAGUAGCAAGUUCUCUCCUGAAUGCUAUUUUGAAAGGAAGAAUAACAUCAUUUUAUCUCUUCCAUGGACCACGUGGUACAGGCAAGACUUCAACAUCUAAGAUUUUUGCAGCAGCUUUGAAUUGCCUUUCCUUGGAGGAGCACAGGCCAUGUGGAUCAUGUCGAGAAUGUUUGUUAUUUUUCUCUGGAAGGAGCAGAGUUGUGAAGGAAGUAGAUCCCAUGAGAACUAAUCGGACAGAUAGGGUUAGGUCCCUCCUUAAGAAUGCAGUACUUCCACCAGUUUCCUCACGGUUUAAGGUAUUCAUCAUUGAUGAGUGCCAAUUGCUCAGAGGGGAAACAUGGGCAACUAUUUUGAAUAGCCUAGAGGACCUUCCCCGACAUGUUGUCUUUGUAAUGAUCACUGCUGACCUGGAUAAGCUACCACGUAGUGCUGUAUCUCGUUGCCAAAGGUAUCACUUUCCAAAGAUAAAGGAAGCAGAUAUUGUAAAUAUGUUGACAAAAAUAUGUGCUGAAGAAGAUUUGGAUUUUGACAAGGUUGCAUUGGACUUUGUUGCCACAAAAGCUAAUGGUUCUCUUCGAGAUGCGGAGAUGAUGCUUGAUCAGCUGAGUUUGCUUGGAAAAAGAAUCACAAUAUCAUUAGCCUACGAACUUAUUGGAAUCGUUUCUGAUGAUGAACUGCUUGAUUUGCUCGAUUUUGCUUUGUCUUCUGACACUUCAAAUACAGUUAGAAGGGCUAGGGAUCUUAUGAAGUCGAGGGUUGAUCCCAUGCAGUUGAUUUCUCAGCUUGCAAAUCUCAUCAUGGACAUUCUUGCUGGAAGAUGCCAGGCUGGAAGUUCCGAGUAUAAAGGAAGCUUUUUUGGAAGGCAUACCUCUGAAGCAAACUUACAGAAGUUGAGGCAUGCCUUAAAAGUACUUUCUGAAACUGAGAAACAGUUGAGGUCAUCAAAGAAUCAAACAACCUGGCUAACAGUUGCACUCCUUCAGUUAAGUUCUGUAGAAUCAUCAUCUCUGGAUACAAAUGAUUCAACAGUGUGCCUAAGAACUGCAUCUGAGAGAGAUGAUGGCUCUGGCACCAUAUCUUCUACUAGAGAGAUUUUGAAACAUCCUGUGUCUUGUUUGUGUGAUGAAAACAAGUCCCACAAUUCAGAGAUGCAUGGAGAUUUUAGAGAGAAACUAGAAACAAUCUGGAGCAGAGUCAUAGAAAGCUGCCACUCAAAUACACUCAAGAGCUUUUUACAGAAAGAAGGGAGGUUGGCUUCUGUUUUUAUCAAACAAGGUCUGGCAAUAGCUGAAGUGGAAUUCUAUCAUCCUGAUCAUGUGUCCAGGGCAGAAAAUUCAUUGAAAAUGAUUGCUAGUUCGCUUCAACAUGUGCUGGGUUGUAAUGUAGAGAUUAAAAUCAAUCUUGUUCCUUGUAAUGCAACAAAGACUGCCAAAGUGAAGAAGCAAUCCUUCUGUUUGUUGAGUUUCUCCCGUGGAAUGCAAGACAAAUCAUGUUCAACCUCAGAAGAUGGAGUUAACCAAUUAUAUGACUCUAAUUUCAUCUCUGGAAAAGUAAGAAAAGGGGAAAAGUCAAUUGAAACUUGCUCUGAUUCUCAGUCCCAGUACUCAGUUAUCUGUUCUCAUAUUAAAGAAGCACCAAAUACCUCCAGAAAUAAGGAAGUAAUUUCUCAGAGCACAGAAAUCUUGUCACUGCACAGAUCAGUGCAAAAUGAUACACAAAAGGUGUCCCAUUUAGGAGUUGGCUUGUGUGGAGAAGAGGGAAACAAUUGUGAGAGUCGGGUUGUUGCUGUUGAAGAACCCGAGAAUCAGCCAAGCUGCUUCUCAAAGACACUGAAGUUUCAUAAAAGGUUAUGUUCAUCCAGUUCUUUGCAUACUAUUUGUUUGGAGAUCCAACAAGGCAACAAACUUGAAUUGUCUAUCCCACGGAAGGCAUAUUUUUGUUCAAGUGAUCCUUAUCUUCUCUGCUCCAAUUCCAACGCCUACAGUUACAACUCUGAGGAUGAGGAUGAGGAUGGCCAAAGGAAGGAAUCAAGGGUGAGCUCAAGGAUACAUUGUUGGAGAAACCCAAAGUUUCCCUUUAGAAAGGCUUGGAAGCUGAGGCAGCAGCAUCAGAGUUCUCAGUUAAUGGGUAGUGUUCUACCUUGUGUGAGUGCUCAGUAGACUCAAUGUAAAUGCUCUCUCCAAGACAUUGAAGUCAUGCCAUUGAAAGGUUAUUGUUUAUUCAUCUGAAAUCAACAAAAGAGGGUUGUAUAUUGUAAUAUUACCCACAAGGGCAAAAUUGGACCAAUGACAAUGGGUGGAUUGGUUCCGAUUCUUAACGGGUUGGUUUUGAUCU